CCAAUCUUUCCAUACAUCAGAGAUCUCACACUGGGGUGAAGCCGUAUUCCUGUCUUGAGUGCGGGAAAUGUUAUUCACAGAUGUCCCAUCUUUAUACACAUCAGAGAUCUCACACGGGGGAGAAGCCGUAUUCCUGUCCGGAGUGCGGAAAACAUUUUUCACGGAGGUCGUAUUUAUAUGAACAUCAGAGAUCUCACACGGGGGAGAAGCCGUAUUCCUGUCCUGAGUGCAAGAAAUGUUUUUCAGCUAGGUCCAGUCUUUCGUAUCACCAGAGAUCUCACACGGGGGAGAAGCCGUAUUCCUGUCCUGAGUGCGGAAAACAAUUUUCACGGAGUUCUAAUUUAUAUGAACAUCAGAGAUCUCAUACGGGUGAUAAGCCGUAUUCCUGUCCUGAGUGCGGGAAAUGUUUUUCAGCUAAGUCCAGACUUUCCUAUCAUCAGAGCUCUCACACGGGGGAGAAGCCGUAUUCUUGCCCUGAGUGCGGGAAAUGUUUUUCACGGAAGUCCAAUCUUUACACACAUCAGAGAUCUCACACGGGGGAGAAGCCACUUCCCUGUCCUGAGUGAGGGAAAUGUUCCUCGCUGAAGUUCUGUCUUCUUGUACAUCAGGGCCAGAUUCUCAAAGGACUUACGAUGGCGCAGCGCCAUGUACGCUGUCGUAAGUCCUAA